AUGGUGGAACAAUCAAAGGAUGGGAAGAAUAACAACCAUGAACUCUUGUUUGUAGUGAUAUUGGGAAAAGCAAUGCUGGCAGCAAUAAUUCUUUCAGCUGUACCAGGACUGAUUAAUUAUAAAAAAGCAUAUGAAAUUUGGAAAGUUGAUAAACUAGAUUUUCUUGCUUGUGCUGGAGCAUUCUUAGGAGUGUUGUUUUCAUCUGUCGAAAUAGGGCUUGUCAUUGGGGUCAUGAUAUCGUUUGCGAAGAUAAUUUUGAUAUCGAUUCAACCUGGUGUAGCAAUUAUUGGAAGGUUUCCGGGGACUAAUGCAUUUGGUGACGUCGAACAAUAUCCGAUGGCGAUUAACAUGCCUGGAGUUUUGGUUGUUUGUAUAAGAUCUGGUUGGCUUUGUUUUGCAAAUGCAAGUGCUAUAAGGGAAAGACAGGGUGCUAAGGGUAAUGAAAUAAUUGAAGCUCUCAUUGCCAGUAGCGCAACAUUUGAUAAGAAAACAUCACUUCAAAACUCGAACAAGAUGUCAGUAGCGUGGAAAGCCAGUCAAUUGAUCCAGUGA